AACGAAUCCAGUUGUAUUUAACUAUCAGUAUAUAUAAUAGAUGAAUUUUAUGGUGAAUUAUAAAAUUAUGAUAGAAUGAGAACUAUCAUUAAAUACAUCUUCAUUAGUGUUGUAACCAAUAGGUUUUUAUUAUUAGCUUUCGGAAACGAUUUCCCAGAAUCGGAAAGUGAUGGUACACACUUCAAAAUGCAUUCUGGUAGUAGUCCAGUAGAUGAACAUUCUAGGGACAACAUACCUAGAUCUGACACUUGGAGUCAAGGUGAUGGAGCUGAGCAAAUUUCAAAAAAUCACGGUCACGAUGAUUCGGAAAGUAUUGAUAGUCGUUCAAAGAGUGGAUGGGGUCAAGAAACAAUGCAUACUCAGACAGAUAACCACCACUCUCAAACGUCGGACCAUCAAGAUGGCCCAGAAGAGGACUGGGAAAGUGACAGAAGACGCCGUGAGGACAGUCAUUCAGGAAACCCAGAAACUCGAGCUAGGUAUCCACGUUCGAUAAAAAUGUUAAAAUCAGACCAUACUUCUGGACCACCUAGUGAAGGUCGUGAUAGAGGUCCUGAUAUAAAUGUAGUACAUGGUGAAACAACACCGCCACCUAUUGGUGGUGGUUUAUCACUGAAUGGAAGGCCUAGUCCAAAAAGCGCAAUGAACAUAGAAGGACAAAGUCAACAGUCAACUAAAACACUGAGUAACACAAAACACAAAGUUAUGGAAUCCAGGCGAAGAGAUAAAAUAAUAAAAGGAGCAUUUUAUAACAAAGGAAAUGAGGAUCGCCAAAGCGUGUCACAUUACACUAAGAAGUAUAAAGGACAAAAAAGACACGGUGAUAAGCGAUUCCGUACUAAGACAUAUGUAAAUGGUGGCUCAAAACACUUUAAGAACAGAUAUGAAUACAUCGUUCAUGAUAUAGAUGGUUAUGAAGCUGAUGAAAUAUCUGUCAACGAUUUGCAACAACAUCAUGAAAGCAGUGAGUUCUCCAUGUCUGGGCCAACAUCACACAGAUAAGCACAAAAUUCAAGUGACAUUUGUUGCAAUAGUUAGAGAGUCAGAAAUAAAAGUGGACACUUUACCAAAGGUAAAUUAUUAACUAAAAUAUCAUACAUAAAAAUGAUAGCUUGUAAUAAUAAAACAAACCAUUACUUGCAGUAAAUUUACAUUCUCCACCUAUAGUUCAAAAUCUGAUUUAACAGGAAUAUAAAUGGUGUAAAUGAUUUAUAAUUUGAAAACUUGUGAUAUGUUGACACCUCAGGUAACAAUGAAGCUGAAAAUUUUGAAUUCAUCAAUUGUUACUUCAAAAGAUGAUAAAAGCACGCUUAAACACUUGUCAUUAUUGAAAAGUUAACUAAAAUGCUAAAUGUAUUGGAGCACAUUUUAUAUGCAAUAACAAGAAUGAAAUGAAAAAUGAACACUAGUAAAUGCUGAUGAAAACAAAAGCAAAACGUAACCAAUCCAGGGUCAUCUAGCUAGUAGUUUGUCAAUUCAGAUAUGCCAUUUAACUCUUAGUUUGGUCCGAACUUGACUUGUUAAAUAUUGUCUUCAACAGAUAUACGAAUUGAAAGCAUGUACAACUAAUCACAUUUUACAACACUAGCAUCUCAACAGAAUCUGUUGAUUUUUCAUCAUUGAAUAACAAUUCACGAGAAUGAAAAAGACUCAGUAAUAGCCUAAUAACUGAGUUUCAACUAUUAAAUUAGGCCUAACUUCAGAUCAUGCAUGAGACAAUGAACAGCAGUAAACAUAAAACGUUUUCACCUAAAGAUUUUUAAAUAUCUUAAAACUAGUUAACAUUUAUUCCAUAAAACUCUCUGCUAGCAUCUUACCCAAAAACACCAACAUGAUACUUACCAAAGUUUUAAAUGUUUAGAUUCAAUCCAGAAGAUAUCCUGAAAUCAAAACUGUCACAUUCAUUAUCCAGAGCUCUAUGAAAGGGUUUGGCGCUGCCGUAGGAUGAGAUAAUACCGUACGUUGUAGUAUGAAAAAUAUGAUUUUAUAUCUUUACAGCAUGGUACGCAGCGUCAGCGUUCUGAAAUAAACUUGAAAUAAAUCUUUUUAUAACACUU